UGGUGUCCCAAAGCUUGGGACGAAGUGGAUCAAGCCUACAGGCCAAGACAGUGGAAUCCAGAUCUACAACAGCCUGAGCAGAAGCAAAGAACCUCUUAUACUGGGGAACGCAGAUGUGGUGACUUGGUAGAAUCUGUAGAAAUUUGUGUUCAUAGAGGGUGGUGUUGCUACUUUUUUUUUCCUUGAUAGAGCUCCUGUGCUUUUACAGCAGCUCAGCAAGCAUAAAAUCAGCAGGUCUGACUUUUUUUUUUUCUGGCAUGGAGGUAUAGUAAAAGAAGAAAGCAACACCUGUUGAGUUUCUGCUUGUUGCACAACUCGUGAAAGCCUAGGAGUCCUGCUAGGAAAUAAAAAAGUAGUAAGCUUGUAUUGGGCCAGCCAAAGUUUUUUUUAAAAAAAAAUCCAUGAAGAAGAACAGCACAAUUCUUUGUUGUGCCUCUGCUUGAUGUAUAGCUGUGGACCAACUGUGUAUGACCAUGCACACCUUGGGCAUGCUUGUUCCUAUGUUAGAUUUGAUAUAAUUAGAAGAAUAAUGACAAAGAUGUUUGGAAAGGAAGUAAUCAUGGUGAUGGGGAUCACAGAUAUAGAUGACAAAAUAAUUAAAAGAGCCAGUGAGAUGGAUAUAUCACCAAAGACUCUUGCUCGCCUUUAUGAGGAAGACUUUAAGCAAGACAUGACUGCAUUAGAGGUACUUCCUCCUACAGUAUAUAUGAGAGUGACUGAAAAUAUUCCCCAGAUCAUUUCUUUUAUACAGCAGAUCAUUACUAAUGGACAUGGCUAUGCAACAUCAAAAGGUAAUGUUUAUUUUGAUGUCCGUUCUAGGGGAGAAAGAUAUGGAAAACUAGUAAAUAUUUAUUUAGAUGUCCAAGAGGAAUUAGGUGAUAAUGAUAAGCAUCACAUGGAGGAUUUUGCUCUUUGGAAGGCAGCCAAGCCGCGAGAAAUGUGCUGGGAUUCUCCCUGGGGGAAAGGAAGACCAGGCUGGCACAUUGAGUGUUCUACAAUAUCAAGUCUAGUGUUUGGAGGACACUUGGAUAUCCAUACGGGUGGAAUAGAUCUUGCAUUUCCCCAUCAUGAAAAUGAAAUUGCUCAGUGUGAGGCAUAUCAUCAGUGUGAGCAAUGGGGAAAUUAUUUUCUACAUUCUGGGCACCUCCAUGUCAAAGGGAGUGAGAAAAUGUCAAAAUCAUUGAAAAACUACAUUACAGUCAAGGAUUUUCUGAAGACGUCUUCAGCUGAUCAGUUUAGAAUGUUUUGUUUGAAGAGCAGAUACAGCUCAUCUAUAGAAUAUAGUGAGGACACCCUGAAUGAUGCGAAAAAUGUCCUGCACACGAUUACUUCUUUUAUGAGCAGUGCUACUGCCUACAUGAAAGGGCACCUUCUCUGUGAAGCCAUUAGAGAAGAUGUACUCUGGGAAAGGCUAGCCAGUACUAAAGCCACCAUCAAGGCUGCAUGUGUGGAUAACUUCGACACCCCCAGGGCUGUUGCUGCAAUUAUGGACCUCGUUCACCAUGGCAACAGACAGCUUAAGGCCGUCACUAAGGAAACUGGAUCUCCUAGAAGUGCUGUUGUGUUUGGGGCCAUUGUCUCCUAUAUAGAGGAAUUUCUUGGCACAACUGGGAUCACUCUUGGUGAAAAACAGGUUGCUUCAGAACCCAACCAUUCAGCCAUGCUUCCCAGUGUAAUCGAUGAACUAGUGAGCUUCCGAAUCAAAGUGCGUGAUUUUGCUCUUGCUGUGGCUGAGACUACAAGAGGCAUGCCUGCUGCAGGUGCUGUUCUGUCAGAAGAAGCAAAACGGCAACAGAAGGAGGAAAGAAGGCAGCUACUGCAAGAUAGAGCUCCCCUUCUGCAAGCCUGUGACCGCCUGCGUCAGGACCUAGCUGUAUAUGGGAUCAACAUAAAGGACAGAAGUACGUCUUCUACAUGGGAACUUGGCAAGCCCAGUAUAGAAAUGAAAAAGAGCUGAUAUAAAUAUGGAAUACAUUUGACUAAAAACAAGAACAAAAAACUGGGAAAUUCCUCUCUACUAGACUUUUGUACAGAGGCAGUGUACAUAUAUACAUAAAUACAUACAUAAGCCUGGACAUGAUUUUCUACUUUAAAUUUAAAAAUGAUAAGCUUUGUUCUCUGAAAAGACUGGUGAUGUGUUGGGAACAAGUGCAGAUCCAUGGCUACAGUUCUCCUUUGAUCUUGUGUAUGGAAUCCUAUGAUCCAGUGUGCUUCACCACUGGUAUAGGAAUGAAGCUGCUUCAUCUGAGUGUGCCAGUGAAACUACCACCAACAUAUCUGAUGCCAGAGGUAAGUUUGUUCUAAACUCAGAAUGGGUUGUACUGUUUGAAAAUUUCAUGGAGUAGUGGAAACUUCAAUGCAGCAUAAAUAACCAUGAUCUAGUGUGACUAGAGACCCUGGAAAGGAGGGCUUUGGUGGCAAGAUACUGAAUCAUACAUACUUUUAUAUUGUAAGAACUGAGGAGUUUGCCUUCUUGCUUGUUACAUGUUAAUCUAUUCAUUGUACAAAUAUUCCAUAUAUUGUCAUCAUAGUGGAAAGAGUUCCAAACAAGAUCUAAGCUUAUUUAAAAGUAGCGGAUGCCAAACCAAUAUUGAUUUAAACAGGCACAAGCCAUACUCUAGAACUCUGAUAUGUACUUUAAUGUACUUAAAGGUUAAGUAACUUAAUUAAAACAUCGCUAGCAACCCCUUUCCUCUACCUCAAAGCAUAGUACAGUGGUAGAAGAAUCCCUUCUACAAACUUCAGUCAGUCAGUAAGACAGUAUUUUGCCAACUGCAGCUCUGUAAAUAAGACACUCUUAUGGAACAGACUUGAUCUAACUUCAAAUCCCAAACCCAUGAUGGACUCUUAAAUGAUUGAUAUGAUCAUGUUAAUAAUUGAUGUAUCAGAAGCUAAACUUGAUAAACUUUCUUCCUUCAAUCUGGGAAAGCUGUUUUGGAUGCCUAAUAGACUGUACUGCUAUACAUUUAUUUUUAUAUUUAUAUAUAAAUAUAAUUGCCCUUCAUCCUAAGACCCCAGGGCAAUUAACAACAAAUAAAACAAUAAAACUCAACAAGAAACAAAACAUAGCUAAAAAUUUGAAAGCAAGGGCAGCUCAUUGGCCAAAAGCAUGAACAAAAAGGACAGUCUUCGCACUCUUGAAGGCUGAGAAUGUGGGGACUAUGUGGAUCUCAUCCAUGAGCAUGUUCCACAGUCUGGAGCCAAUAACUGUCCUGUGUAUUCAACAAAUGGGCUUCAGCAGGUGUUGGCACGUGGAACAGAGCCCUCCCAGAUGAUCUAGACAGGUGGGUAGAUUCAGUUGGGAGCAGGUGGUCCCUAAGGUACCUGGGGCCCAAGCCAUUUAGCACUUCAAGGUAAUAACCAGCAUCUUGAAUUGUUCCCGGAAACAGACUGCAGCCAGUGCAGUGCCUUCAAGACUGGAGUUGUGUGCACUGCGAGCAGUCCCAGAGACAAAUCUGGCUGCUGCAUUCUGCACCAUCUGUAGUUUCUGAAUACAUUUCAAGGGCAGCCCCGUGUAGUGCGUAUUGUAGUAAUCCAAAUGCGACAUGACUGAGGCAUGGGUGACAGCAGCCAGAUCAGCCUUCUCAAGGAAGGAUUGCAGCUAGCGCACUAACCAGAGUUAUACAAAGGUGCUCCUGGCCACAGCCACCACCAGAUUUUCUAGGAGCAGUGUCAGAUCCAGGAAGAACCCCCAAGCUGUAUACUUCCUCCCUCAGAGGAAGUGCAACCCCAUCCAGAACAGGCCUAACCCCCAUUCCCUGAACAGGCCUUCUACUAACCAUCAUCUCCUCUGUCUUGUCAGGAUUAAAUUUCAACUUGUUAGUGAACACAUCCACCCAGCCCAUCACGGCUUCCAAGUCACGGCUCUGAACUUUCUGUGCCUCCCUGGGAUCAGAUGGCAUAGUGAGAUAGAGCUGGGUAUUUUCUGCAUAUUGUUGACACCAAAGCCCAGAUCGCUGGAUGAUCUUCCCCAGCAGUUUCAUGUAGAUGUUAAACAAGGGGGACAAAAUUGAGCCCUGUGGACCCUGUCCAGUUCCCAGACAACCAGGGCAGUUUCAGUCCCAUAACCAGAUCAAAAACCAGAUUGACAAGGGUCCAGAUACCAUGUGUUAUCCAAGACCUGCAGCAGGGCAUGCUCUAUCACCUUGCCCAAGAAGGGAAAAUUAGAAACUGGCUGGUAGUUAUUAAAACUGGAGGUAUCGAGAGAGCUUUUUCAAUAUAGGUUCCCCCCCCCCCAAUAUAUAUUUGUUAAAAGAAGAAAAGGAAUGAGAGAAUGGGGAUUAGGGAGCAAGAGGUUGCUGAUUCGAAUCCCCACUGGUAUGUUUCCCAGACUAUAGGAAACUCCUAUAUCUGGCAGCAGUGAUAUAGGAAGAUGCUGGAAGGCAUCAUCUCAUACUGUAUAUGAGAUGGCAUGGCAAAGGUAAACCCCUCCUGUAUUCUACCAAAGACAACCACGGGCUCUGUGGUUGCCAGGAGUCGACACUCAAGAGCACAACUUUAAUCCAAGGGUGAGCAGGAAGGGGCACCUUCUUCCAGCUGGAUAGCUGCAAAAGUUCAAUGUGAUUUACUUGCUGCACUAGUUCACAGAAAAAAGUAGGUGUGGAAUGAAGAGCUCUGGGGCAUUUAUAUAGGCAGAGGUGUGGAUUUAAAAACAUAGCUUCUCCAGUAAAAUGAGGCAAAAUUCAUUUUGGCAUUACAUUGGGACCAUGUCCACUGACCUGUAAUGGGUGGUACCAUCAAGUUACAUGUAAGGCUGCUUGUUCCAUUCAAAAGUGAAUUAAAGGUUUCUGAAUGCCAAUGAAACAAAUACAAGAACACUUUAGCACUCAAGGAAAAUAAUACAUCUGGUACUUUAAGUAGCACCAUUCAUUUACUUAGAAUAGGGGGUGGGGAUUUAAGUUAGUUACUUGUUAAGUGUGUCUAGGAAAGAGUGAAGUACAGUUAGUACUGAGUAACUGCAAAACUGUAACUUCUGUGCUUGAGAGAAUUUACAACCUAUAAAAGCCAAACUACUCUUAUUUCAAGUGUAACUUGCACAAAAAUAAAUUGGUUCAAACCUAACUGUUCAGAGUAACUUCUAACAUGACUAUGCUCUACUAGUAUUGACAUUUCAUGUGAGAGCACAAGACCACUUUGAACUAAAAAUGGGAUCUAUAUGUGGGAAUGAAGGGCAUCCCCAUUGCCUCCAUUACUAUAUGAAUGAGGAGUACAUUGGAUACCCAUCUAUUUUUGCAAGGUUUCGGCUUACCUACCUGCCUGCCUAAUUUUUGUCCCCUGUCAUCCACAUAUGGACUGUAGAGUUUGGAAAACAGAAUAUAGCUUUAUCUGAUAUAGGAUAUGGGUGCUGCCAAUAAAAAGCUGUUAAAUAUUGGUAAGACUUUCAGAGGUUCUAGUAAAGGGAGCUUUGCAUUAUCAUCUUUACAUUUGUAAAGUUGCUAUUCUGUUUAAAUGGAUCCAUUAAUACAGCUUAAAGGAAAGAGAGAAGCCACCUUGACAUGUUGCAACUUCAUUAGGUAGGGCUUGUCCAGGUCACUAAACAAAUUCACAACAGUUGUUUAAUUUGUCAUAUUUUUAUUUCCUCUAGAAAAGAAAUUGCUACAUCUUCAGAUUGUUUCAGCUGUAAAACCUUUAUAUACUAGUGAACAUAUUUGCAACUUCUGUAAUAACAGUUAAAGCAGGCAGAUUCAAGUUCA